UAACUGUAGAAUAUCAAAAUUUUGUUUGAACUAGAUUUCAGAAACUAGUCAGUCUGAACUCUGAAGAAGCGCGCCUGCACUACCAGUAGUUUGUUAUACUUACAGAUUCUGAUUUCUAAAAUCACGGGCCAGCCUCCGAUAUUAUCUACCGGCCCUAAUAAAUUACUCUUUCAUGCUCAUUCGAUGCUUUCACAUCAAAAUGGCACUUGUCACUUGUUUUAACACUAUCUUGUUUUUGGUAUUCAUCUUCUCCCUGGAUGUUAAUAUCAGGGGCGUUGAAGCUUCUCAUCAAGUUUUUCCUGAGCUUCAGUCUGUUUCUGCCGUCAAUGUCCAGCUUGUCCACAGAACUGGCUACCAUUUUCAACCCAAGAAACACUGGAUCAACGAUCCAAAUGGACCAAUGUACUACAAAGGAUUUUACCAUCUCUUCUAUCAGUACAAUCCCAAAGGUGCAGUUUGGGGGAACAUUGUAUGGGCUCACUCUAUUUCAAAAGACUUGAUCAACUGGGUCGCGCUGGAGCCAGCCAUAUUUCCAUCUAAACCAUUUGAUAAGUAUGGAUGUUGGUCCGGCUCAGCCACCGUGCUUCCUGGUGGUAAGCCCGUCAUAAUGUAUACUGGAAUAGUAACGCCUUCCCCAGUAAAUACCCAAGUACAGAAUUUUGCUGUUCCUGCUAAUUAUUCGGAUCCAUAUCUUCGCGAAUGGAUCAAACCAGACAACAAUCCAAUUGUUAGAGCCCGGAGUGAGAAUUCGUCUUCAUUUCGUGAUCCAACCACUGCAUGGUUUGAUGGUGUCCACUGGAAAAUUCUUGUGGGGAGCCGGAGAAAACACAGAGGCAUUGCUUAUUUAUAUAGAAGUAGGAAUUUUUUGAAAUGGACAAAGGCCAAACACCCUUUACAUUCUAAAGACCGCACUGGAAUGUGGGAAUGCCCUGAUUUUUACCCGGUAGCGCCUAAAGGUAUGAAUGGAUUGGACACUUCAGUAACCGGCCAAGACAUUAAGCAUGUCCUGAAGGUUAGUUUAGAUUCUACUAGAUAUGAGUACUACACUGUUGGAGAAUAUGACCGAGACAACGAUAUCUAUGUCCCGGAUAACACCUCUGUUGAUGGCUGGGCUGGACUCAGAUACGAUUAUGGCAACUUCUAUGCUUCGAAGACAUUCUUUGAUCCAGACAAGCAGAGGAGAAUCUUGUGGGGUUGGGCCAAUGAGUCGGACAGCAAACAAGAUGAUGUUCAGAAGGGAUGGGCUGGAAUUCAGUUAAUUCCAAGAAAACUGUGGCUGGAUCCAAAUGGCAAACAGUUGAUACAAUGGCCAAUCGAAGAAAUACAAUUGCUAAGAGGGCAAAAUAUACAUAUGGGAAGUCAAGUGCUUAAUAUGGGAGAGCAUAUUGAAGUAAAAGGAGUUACAGCAGCACAGGCCGAUGUCGAUGCAACAUUCUCCUUCAAGAGCUUGGACAGAGCUGAAUGGUUCGAUCCUAAUUGGGCCAAGUUAGACGCUCUUGAUGUUUGUGAUUGGAUGGGAUCAACUGUCAGAGGUGGACUCGGACCAUUUGGGUUUUUGACGUUGGCUUCAGAAAAACUAGAAGAAUAUACUCCUGUCUUCUUCAGAGUUUUCAAGACAAAAGAUAAACUUAAAGUUCUUAUGUGCUCUGAUGCAAAACGGUCUUCCACGACGGCAGAGGGACUAUACAAGCCACCAUUUGCAGGAUAUGUAGACGUGGAUUUAUCGGAUAAAAAGAUUUCUCUUAGAAGCUUGAUUGAUAAUUCAGUAGUGGAGAGCUUUGGUGCUCAUGGAAGGACGUGUAUAACAUCCAGAGUUUAUCCAAAAAUAGCAAUAUAUAACAAUGCUCAUCUGUUUGUGUUCAAUAAUGGCACAGAGGCGAUCACCAUAGACAGUCUGGAUGCUUGGAGCAUGAAGGCGCCUUCACUCAUGAACAACAACUAAAAAAUGAAAAUUAAUAAGGGUCGUCAUUUGUAGGAAUCACAGUCUUUUUAUAUUAACUCCUUUUAUCGAGACUUAUAUUUUGCCUUAUUGAUUAUUAGUAGGAAAAAGUGUGUAUAGUUAAGAACUUAAAAUUUAUGAAAUAAAUUGCAACAAUUGUAGUAUAUUUU